AUGGCAAGCUCUGAUGCAGCUGCAGGUAUGUUUUCACAAGCUGAUACAAAUCGAGAUGGACGUAUUGAUAAAAAUGAAUUUCGUAAUUGGAUUUCAAAUACUGAAGGAUUGACUCCUUCAUCAUAUGAAUCAUCAACUGGUAGAUUUAAUCAAAAUGAUAAUACUACUGGCCGAAUUGAUCGAUAUAAGUCUAAAGUUAGUUCUCAAAAUGAAUGGGAAUCUACGGCUGAUAAAUAUACUUCAUAUGGAAGUACAAGAGUAGCUAGUGAAUCGAGUAAUGAAGCGGUGAUUCAUACAAGAAGCUUAGAAGAAACGAAUCGGUACCUGGAAAGAUCAGCUAAUAAUAUUUAUAUCGAUCCUAAUCCAAAAAUUAUUCGACGAACAACAACUGAAGCUCCAGUAACAUAUGAACAACGAGUUCUUAUUCGAUAUCUUCAACCACCAACCGUUCCACCACCAGGACCACUGAUUAUUAAAGAAGUUCGUCCACCACAACCACCACCUCCUCCACCACUUGUAAUACGUCAACAUGCAUCAUCUCUUGCUCAACCACCUCCACUUAUCUUACGUGAACGACCACCAGCACCACCGGUAUCUACUCAGAGUGAAACAAUUACUCGUAUGUUACCUCCUAUACCUGCUCCACCACGAUCAGUUGUCAUCGAACGUUUUCCAGCUCUUCCAGAAAAACCACGUGAUAUUAUAAUUGAACGAUGGAUUCCCUACGGAUCUCAAACUGAACGCCGUAAGGUUGUUGAACGUGCUCCACCUGCUGUACAAUAUCCACAACCAACUCAUACUGUUGUGGUUUAUGAAGCGGUUCAACAACGUAUAAACCGAAAAUUUGAAAAACUUGGUGUUACCAAAGAGAAUCCUGAUGAUUAUGUAGCUCGUUAUGGUGCAUCACUUUUAGAUUCAGCAACACUAGUUCAACAAGCUCGUAAUGCUGGUGUUAUUGAAGAUAUAUCGCCUCCAGUAUCAUCAACUUUAACAUAUACAAAUACACGCGAAUAUACUACUGAUUUUGAUCAGUCAAAUGAAAUAACCAAUCAAGGUUAUUCAUUAUCAGGUGGAAGUUGCAGUGAAAAAAUUCAACUCGAUGCUGGUCAAGAAACUGUUUAUCGUGGUAGUAGAAAUUAUUCAUCAUCACCAUCAAAUAUUAUUGGUGAUAGUGCUGGAGGUGGCAGUGCUAGUAUAAUCCGAGGUGAAUAUCGUGUUGACGAUACUGAUCUUGUCACUACUGAUAUUAGCCGUGCUGGAAAACUGAAUUAA